GCAUGAACAAAAACAGACUUACUUACUAGGGAAGCACACUGCAGGAGGGGCUUUACCCUGGAGCUCACCCUAGAGUAUAAUUAUUUUCAUUCUGGGCUCUACCUACAGGAGCACACGCAAGGGUCUCAACUGAAAGGCGCACUCUAGAACCUGUAUUUUGUAGUCUUCAUCUGUAUUAAGUAAGAGUGGAGGAAGCGAUGUCUGCCCCCGUUCAGGACAAAUAAAAAACUGAUAAGAGGAAGUGGAGAUCAGGAAGAGGAGGAGCUGCAGGAUUCUGUUUGUCGUGCCUCCAGACGGGAGAACAUUAACCCCCAGACUUCCUGCACUGACAGUUACCAGCAAGUUCCUCUGCACAUUCCCAACCACUGAUUCCCUGGUGCCACUUCUCUACACUCAGCACAUGGGAGGCAACAGCAGCAACAACAACAAACCUCCCAGCAUGUCACGGGAGGUCUCUGUACGUUUCCACAAGUUGGAAGAAGAUAUCACCUGCUCCGUGUGUCUCAGCCAACUUACUGAUCCAGUAUCCAUCACCUGCGGCCACACCUUCUGUAAGAACUGCAUUGUCUCGUGUUGGGACACCCCACAACUAUUGGGCUACCGCUGCCCCGAAUGCAGGAAGGUUUGUCCCAAAGAUCAGCUGAUUUCUGUCCACAGGCUGAAGAAUCUGAUCGCAAAGGUCCAGCUGGUGAUGAGAGAAGAGCAGGCCAAGCAGGAGACCCCAGCCUGUGCCGUUCCACUGGUUUAUACAGACAGUCGUGGGCACCUGCAGUUGGAUGAAACCAAUGUACAAAGCUGUUUUCUGGACAGCGAUGUAGCAGAUUACCCCGUGUGCCUCAUAUGUGUGAUCGGAGAGAAACGCCGGGGCAAAUCCUUUCUCUUGAACUACAUCAUGAGGGCCCUGUCCUGCCAGGAAAGGGGCGAGCCAAUCAGCUUUGGAGCAGAGGAUGAGCCUCUGUGUGGAUUUAAAUGGGAAGCGGGUACAGAAAGCAUCACCCAGGGGAUCUGGAUCUGGAACAAGCCGUUCAUUCUAGAACACAAUGGAGAAAAGAUGGUCGUGUUUGUGUUGGACACAGAGGGCUCCCUGGAUACUGGGGGUUCAAGAUACAUUUGCCUGAAAUUGUCUGCAUUAUCCAUGAUCCUCAGCUCCUACCUGAUUUUCAAUGUGAACUCAAGCCUGAAAACAACAGAACUCGAUUAUCUGGAGAUGUAUCUUCAUGUGGCAGAACUAGCCGGGAAAUCUUUUGAGCUGCAGUAUUUACAGCACCUGGAUAUACUGAUCAGAGAUUGGUUUGAUUCAGAGAAAUGUCGCAGAGAAGACGCCCAAUCAUAUAUCAACCGCGAGACUGAGAGGUUGAGAAAGAAAUCUGAAUAUCCCUGUGUGUUAAACACCCUGAGAAGCCCAUCAGUGAGCUGCUGCCUCUUGCCCCACCCAGGAAAAAGACUGAUGGGAGUCAGCGAGGGAAGGCUUUCAGACAUGGAUGAUGAUUUCAGGAACCACCUUCAAAACUACAUAACGGACCUUGUGCAAGGCAUCUGGCGCCACAUCAAAACUGAUAUCUGUGGGGAUAAAGUGACCUGUGCCCAACUGGAGAGAAAAUUAAAGGAAUGUGUGGACCUAUUGCAGAAAGAGCAAUACAGAUUUGCCUCCCCAUUGCAGAUGUUCUUCACAUUUGAAAACCACAAGAAUAUGAGCAGAGUUGAAGGGGAAUUCCGGAAACACAUGGAUAAUCUGGCCCCAGCCAGUUCUUCUCCUUUCAAGAUUGUGGGAGUGAAACCCAGCAAGAUGAGGUACAUGACCAGUGAAGCUGCCGCCCAUUUUCUCUCUGUCUAUGAAGAAUCAAUUAAAGACGAUGACAGUCAAGACCGGCAGCUGCUGAUGGAUGAAAUGAAAUCCGUUUUGCUUGAAGCAGAGGAAAAAUUUAACACUGAAUACUCCAAACGGUUCAAGAAGUGCACCAUAGGGAUUGGCUGCGCUGUGGGGGGUGGUGUUUUAAGCUUGGCAGGAGGCGUGGCUGGAGCUGUGGUAGCUGGAACAGUACUGGCGGCUGCGGCUGCGGUGGGCGGUACUGCUGCGGUGCUGAUUACAGGGGCUGUGGGAGGCACGGUGACAUUGGGAGCCAUUGCAAACAAAAAAACAGAAACAAAGCGCUAAACAACAGAAGAGGGAGGAGACGGGUCAGGAACGGACACACAGCAGCUGGUGGAACCGUAACAUCCAUUAAAGGAAAAGGAAAGGUUAACAUUAAGUAAGCUUUAUCAGAAAGGUCUAUAUAAAUAUACCAGUAACCCU